AAGCCACAGUCCGCCUGCCAGCCACUAAGCUUGUCUCAUUAUCCCUGUUCCUGAUAAGAACCGUUAUCGGACAAAUUUCCAUCUCUUGAGCUAUAACAUCAUAUUACAGGAAUGGCGAGGCAUACGAAUCUACGAAGCAUUGAUUCUGCUCAUCAUUGGCCGCGUGCUUGAAGCUGUAGCCCAGCUAUCAUGGAAAGGGCUGGCUUUAUUUGCCAGCCUUGCCUAUCACGACUUAGACAGGCAUCGCGCGAGUCCGUUACCCUCCAACGCUCCUUUCCAACUACGCGCUCAGUUACACCUCGAAGGACGACUCCAGCACUUCUAGUGAACCGGACCUCCCCUCGAAGUUUUGCCAGCGCCGCACCCUUAUCCACCGACACCCGCGCAGAGGUUAAUUUUAGGAAAUACGUCCCCUAUAUUGUCAGAAAGGUUCCACAAUCGCACACGCCCAAGCAGGGCAGGGGAGAUGGUCGGAACUCUACACCGGCCGUGACGGACGACCCCUUCCGAAGCUACGACCCGCAUGGCUCGCAGUCUAGGUCUGUCAGGCGGGCGAGGGGUAGUGACCCAUCCGUCGAACGACCAGAAGGACAGGUCGGUCUGCCUCGAGAAUCGAAAGCGGACUCAUUUCGAGAGUGGGAGCUGGCACUGGGAGAGCUCUCCCAGGAGCGCACAUUCGAUGGCGCAAACUAUCCCCCGGACGAUCAACAAUUCUGGGCCAAGUUCGACCAGCUAUGGGCUGAUCCGGCGGAGGAAUCGAAUCCCCCUGGCAUUGUUAAUCCUAGCCCGAUAAAGACGAAGGAUAAGAAGAAGCGAAUGGGGCACCGAAGGACGGUCGUGCUAGCAAGGAGGAUAAAGCAAGAACAACACCGCGAACUACAAGAAGUGGUCUACCUAACUCGAAACUGUGACCCCAAAGACAGGGCCGAGGUAAAGUCCCGGUUCAAGGCCUGGAGGAGGAGAUUCGCCAGAUGCUUCGACAGUAUGAUGAGGGGGAAACCCUUUCAUGCAAAACAUAAGCUCCUCGGAGAGGAAGAGCUCGCCGCCCUGCUGACUCUCGAGGAUGUGGAGAAGAUGCGGGAGGCGUGGCAGCGCGAGCCUCUGGAAAGACGGCAGGCCCUCUGGCCCGAUGUCAUGCUAUCAGCACUCCGCAUCAAACCGAGCGAAGCACACCUUGUGCUCCAGGCGACGUUUGAAGAAUCCGUCACUUCAACCUACGCAGUCAAAGACGUCCUGCGCUACCUAGUCAGGCGAUCGAUGUUUUUCGACGUCGAGGACCGGCGCCAUGCCGACAAGACAUUCCUGGACCUGAUUCUCUUUCUGCUCAAGAAUAGCUCCAACCGAUACCUGCAGCUCCCGCAAUGGGUCUUGUACUCGUUGACCAAAGGGCUGCAGGUGGAUGAGCUGGCCCGUCUUUACGGAGAGCUUGUGCGAUAUGAACAUCUCCUCCACACCAACACGCUGCUUCACUUUGCUGGCCGGCUCGCGAAGGAUGUCAAUCAUAAAUCAGCCUCGGUUCAGAUUCUAGAGUCGUUGUUGCAGUCAGGCACCUUGGACAUCAAUACGCCUCGUGGCGCUGCUCUCUGCACGUCUGUCCUGUCCAUGAACAAGGAUGACAUGGAAAACCAUAUGCCAGCCACGCCUGCGGAGCUGUUCGAGCGGCUCUUGGACCUCGGUCUCAGCCCCAAUCUUGUCACCUACACCGUCAUCAUCCGCAACCUCUGCUUGAACACGGAGCUCGAUACCGCCUGGCAAGUAUUUGAUACAAUGGUGGAGCACGGCAUUGAACCUGAUCCGCACUUGUACUCGAUUCUGCUGAACGGAGCGAAGCUCUGUCAGGAUUUCAAAUCCAUCGAUCGUAUCGUCCAAGCCGCCCACUCGGACAACGUUAGGGAUCCUAUUGUGUGGAACGAUCUACUUCACGCCUUGUUUCUUCCAUGGCUGGUCGAGGCCCGUCGAAGACGAAUCCGGCCACCCAGGGUCCUCCCCGGCUUCCGCCCCAUGCUGAAGGCAUACGCAAAGUUUUUCAAGCUUGAUCCGCUCCGAAGGCUUACCUUCUCCGACAUUGAGCGGUAUCUUGAAGAUGACCUGAUUCCCAGCGGACAGUGGAAUGCGGAAUCCAAAGUCUUACCUCUUGUUUCCAACCUGCCGGCCUUGGAGCCACAGGAUCUGAUUGACCCUGGAAGCGAUACCCUUGGGAUUAUGCUCAUCGGGUACGUCCGAAGCUUUUCAAAGGCCUACAACAUCAUCGCCUUCUACUCGCAAUUCCGCAGCCUGCUACAAAACGGUGACCCGGCGGCGGUGCGCCUCGUCGAGGAACGGGGGACUCUGGUGUACGACAUUGUGAUCAAGGCCGUCCUGGAGUGGGACGGCUUGCUGCACAUUGCACUCGAGGUGGUCAGCGACAUGCUCAAGGGCGCCGAGCUCGCCUCCAUCGACCCUUCCUCGCUACCCGCCGACGCCAGACCCCUCCCUCGGCAUCCAGCACCGAGCGUUCACACCUGGUCCAUCCUCCUCAACGGCUUCAUGUUCCACCGCAAGACGGGCGAGGCCGAGCGCAUCCUGCACAUGAUGCGCGAGUACGGCGUGGAGCCCAGCAUCGUCACCUGGAACACGCUGCUCGCCGGCUACACGCGGGACCAACAGGUGGAGAAGACGGUCAAGACGUUCCAGCGCAUCGAGGCCGCGGGCCUCGAGGCCGACGACUUCACCUUCAAGGCCUUUGCGUAUCUCCGGGACAAGGACAAGGCGCUGCACCGGAUGGAGGAGAUGGUGGCCAGGCGGAAACGGUGGCUGGAGAAGGAGCAGGCGCAGGGGCUGGGCGGUACCGGUGCCGGUGCCGGCGAGCAGAGCCCGGAGACGGACGGCAUCGUGGGGCGGCUUCGAGAGCUGGAGAGUGAGGCCGAGAGGUUAUAUGGCAUGGCGGAUGAUGAGAGCGGAGAGGAGCGUGCUCUCGAGUAUUACGAUGAGGACGGGACUGCGGAAGGGAGAGCCGUGAGACCCUAGUAUAUGUAUCAACGACAAACCUGACAGAUUUUCCGCUUUCUCCAUUACCUCCCCCCAAGUGACCUAGAUUGGGCACAGCGAUCAUGCUUGAUCGACUCGUCAUUCGAUUAUCGUUACCGGAGCUAACCCCAGCUUUCCCCCCGGGGUAUUAAAUCAUCGGACUUCGUAACACUAGCACAGCACCACCCAACAUAUGACCCGACCCUACCUAAACAAAGAGAGCCACCUAUCCCUUCCCCAACGACCAUAGCGCCUCUCUAUUCCCAACCCACGCGCAGCACCAACCCCCCAUCUUCAGCCCAGGCAGCAGCCCGCCGAAUCCCCCGCGGAAAGGAGCCAGCGAGGAGGGGCCCUCAAUUGAUCACAAACUCCAUCCUCCUCCGCCUCCGCAGCGCCUCGGCCGCCCUCCGGCGCCGCCUCCGGACGCACCACCCCACCAGCACGCCGGCCACGAGCGACGGG